AUGUCAGACUGUGAGGAGGAAAGUCAAGACCGACAGCUGAAAAUCGUGGUGAUUGGAGACGGAGCCUGUGGGAAGACAUCACUGGCCACAAGGUUUGCACAGGAGGCCUUUGGGAAGCAAUACAAACAGACUAUUGGUCUGGAUUUCUUCCUGAAGAGAAUAAGCCUUCCAGGUAAUGUGAACGUGACGCUGCAGGUGUGGGAUAUCGGAGGCCAAUCUCUGGGAGGAAAAAUGCUGGAUAAAUAUGUAUAUGGAGCUCAUGGCGUCCUCCUUGUGUACGACAUCACAAACUACCAAAGCUUUGAGAAUCUUGAAGACUGGUUCACCAUGGUGAAGAAGGCCAACGAGGAGUCGGACGUCCAGCCGGUCAUUUCGCUGGUAGGAAACAAAAUCGAUCUGGAGCACUUGCGGACAGUGAAGUCUGACAAACACCAGCGCUUCUGCCAAGAGAACGGCCUCCUCAGCCAGUUUGUGUCAGCGAAGACAGGCGACUCGAUACAUCUUGUUUUUCAAAAGCUGGCUGCUGAGAUCAUUGGUAUAAAACUCAACAAAGCUGAGAUUGAGCAGUCCCAGCGUGUGGUGAAAGCCGACAUCGUGAACUACAGCCAGGACUCGCCGCUGGAGGGCUUCUCAUCAAUGUGUGAUGACAGUGGAAUAAGCUCCCAGGACAAGCUGGUACGAGGGAAGCGGUUGUGGGUAGAGUUUGUGCUCAGUAAAGAGACAGAGCAGGGCCAACAGCCGCAUGAUGAUUCUCACACUUCCAUUUUCCACCUGCUCGGAGCCAAAUCUUCCGCAUCUUGA